AUGUCAAAGAAGACUACUACGGCAGCGGCAGUCGCACAGAAGGAGGAGGCAAUGCAAGCUGAGAAGGAAGCAGUGAUUCCAGAGGAGAUAUUUCAAAUGUCUGCCGAGGACAUUAUGAACAGAGCGAGGAUGAUGGAGAAUGAGACAAAGAUGUUGAGAGGUGAGCAUCUGACAAAGCAUCUCGAGUUGGAGGCCCUUCAAAAGAAGAUCAAGGAGAACAACGACAAGCUGCACGUCAACAGUCAGUUGCCACAUCUCGUUGGUAACGUCGUUGAGAUCAUCGAGAUGACCCUUGAUGGUGAGACCAAGCCAUCAAAGUGUGUCGUAGUCAAGGCUUCAACAAGACAAACCAUAUUCUUGGCAUACCCAGGCAUUGUCGAUGUAGACAAGUUGAGACCAGGUGAUCUUGUUGGUGUAAAUAAGGACAGCUAUAUUAUAUUGGAUACUUUGCCACCCGAAUAUGACUCACGUGUAAAGGCAAUGGAGAUUGAUGAGAAACCAACUGAGGAGUACAGUGAUAUUGGAGGAUUGGACAAACAGAUUCAAGAGUUGGUAGAGGCUGUUGUGCUGCCAAUGACACAUAAGGAGCGCUUUGAGUCGAUCGGUAUCAAGCCACCAAAGGGUGUGCUUAUGUACGGCCCACCAGGUACGGGCAAGACAUUGCUGGCCAGAGCCUGUGCCGCUCAGACCAACUCGACCUACCUGAAGCUGGCCGGUCCACAGCUGGUGCAGAUGUUCAUUGGAGAUGGCGCCAAGCUGGUGCGUGACGCCUUUGCCCUGGCCAAGGAGAAGGGACCCACCAUCAUCUUUAUAGACGAGCUCGACGCCAUUGGCACCAAGCGUUUCGACAGCGAGCUGUCGGGUGACAGAGAAGUACAGAGGACAAUGCUGGAGCUGCUCAACCAGCUGGACGGUUUCAGCAGUGACGCCAACAUCAAGGUGAUUGCCGCCACCAAUCGUAUCGAUAUCUUGGAUCCGGCCCUGUUGCGUUCCGGUCGUCUCGAUCGUAAGAUUGAGUUCCCCUUGCCCAAUGAGGAGGCGCGCUCGCACAUCCUGCGCAUCCACUCGCGCAAGAUGAACGUCAGUCCCGACGUCAACUUUGAGGAGUUGGCACGCAGCACCGACGACUUUAACGGUGCCCAGCUAAAGGCCGUUUGUGUCGAGGCCGGUAUGAUUGCCCUGCGCAGAGGUGGCAAGGAGUUGAUUCACAAUGAUUUCACAGAGGGCAUCCAAGAGGUACAGGCAAAGAAGAAGAAGACUCUGGAGUACUAUGCUUAA